AUGGCGUUCAAUUUCAACUGGUCGCCACUGAUGGCGGACGCGAGUUUUUACACUCGCGCCCAGGAUCUGCUCACUGCCGCGCUGAAUAAAUCGCCUAAACCCCCCAUCAUCGUCGACGAUAUUAUCGUCACCGAACUGAAUCUCGGCUCGAUCCCGCCUGAGCUAGAAAUCUUGGAGAUUGGCGACCUGGCCGAGGACCGCUUUCGUGGCAUCUUCAAGAUGUCUUAUUCUGGCGACGCCUUCUUGACGCUCAAGACCCGAGUGCAGGCAAACCCGCUCAACACUUACCUUCUCACCAGACCCGCCUUUGCUUCGCCUUUACCUCUUGCUGCAGCUACCCCACUCACCAUUCCGCUUCAAAUCACCCUCUCCGAUUUCAAGCUCUCUGGCUUCGUCAUCUUGGUCUUUUCGAAACAAAAGGGCAUUACAGUCGUAUUUCGCAACGAUCCGCUCGAGUCGCUCAAGGUGUCCUCGACGUUCGAUUCCAUCCCGUUCGUGCGCGACUUCCUACAAAAAGAAAUCGAAGCCCAGCUUCGGAUUUUGUUCAUGGAUGAGCUGCCCGCCAUUAUCCAUCGCCUGUCUCUGCGCCUGUGGGUUCCCGAGUAUCGCACGGGUGAGGAGAUGAACGACCAGACGGACAAUACCGCAACCACCACCAGCGAAGGCCCUGGCCAGGAUCCUUUGGCGAGCCCCCCGCAGGACCCCGUUGAUUCACUCGGAAAUGCCUUGAACGAGUCACAGAUUGCAUCGCUUUCGCUGGAUUCAUCGGUCGAGACCCAUUCUCUCUUCUCGCAGAAGAAUUUGCUCCGCUUAGCCGCCCUGACGGACUCGCAACGGACGCUCUCUCUGUUCACGCCUUCCAUCCAGGAAGUGGUGUACCGGGCCUGGACCUCUCCCACCGACCCCAGCGAGUUCCAGGGAAGUGUCAUUUCGCCACUGAGCCCGACCCUCUCCCGGACGCAUUCGCAGAUCGGCAGCAUGUCGUCCUCGUUCCAUGAGACCGCCAGCACCGUUUCGAUGCAAAGUCGACCCUCUCUGCCGGGGCAUUCAUUUAGUGGGUACGGAUUGAGCUUGGGCUCUGGACGUCACUCCAAAGCUCACUCGCGGAGACGCAAGAAGCGUGUGGUGGAUUUGCGUGGGGAUCGAUCCAAGACGACCGACGACGCGGUGAGCACGAGCGAUGAUAGUGCUCUUGUUUCUACGAGUUCUCCUUCGAUUUGCUCUGCACCCCUCCCCGCGGUCAACGAACAAGACGAUCCAGUGACACCACCGUUAUCUCCUGAAACCGACUCUUUGCCUGCAAUCCCAGAGUGGCACCGGAUGAGUAUCUCGCGUCCGGUGCGACUCAGCAACCUCACGCAGGAGAAGGGAGAUCCGUCCUAUUCCGUGGAAACCAUCCGCCCCUCUAAGGGUGAGGAUCUCGAAGCUACCCCUCGUGCCACUCUGCGCAACCACCAUGAUAGGGCAGAGGCCGGUUCAUCGUCCAGCGCAGCACGCCCGCCUUUGCCUGCUACGGUUCUUCCGUUUGCCAAGGAAGACGCCGCCGAAGACCCCGUCGAUCCUGUCCUCGUGGAAAAACUGGCGGGCGAAAUUGCCCGUCGCAUGCGCAACGAUAAGCUGAUGGGCACCAAUGCGUGCAGCAACUUCUGGAGCCACCAUCCAGAUGAAAGUCCCCCGGCCUACGGCCACUAA